AUGGAGCAGAAGCGUCUGUCCUCAGGCUCCCAGUACCUCCGGUACAGGAUCAAGAGGACAAAGAGAGAAUGGAGACCACUGGAGGAACGGAGCUGCACCGACCUGCCCUGGUUCCUGCUCUUCACAGUCUUCUGCGUCGGCAUGGGCAGCAUCUGCAGCUUCACCAUCGUCACCGGCGGCGCAGCUCGCCUCGUCUUUGGCUACGACAGCUACGGGAACACUUGCGGCCGCCGCAACGAGCAGAUCGAGGGCGUGCGGCUGAGCGGGCUCGACCACACAGACCGCAGGUUCGUCUUCUUCCUGGAUCCCUGUAACAUUGACAUUGUUCAGAGGAAAAUCAAAUCCAUGGCCCUGUGCGUGACUCUGUGUCCCACCGAAGAGCUGAGCACCUACCAGGACCUGAAGAGGUUCGCCAUGGUCAACGGAUCUGAGUUGUGUUCGUAUGAGUUAGCAGGUCAUAAAUAUCCUGGCCUCCCUGAGAGGUUUGACAAGUGUCCCAAGCUACCUGUUCCACCCAGUAAGCCCCUGCCGGUCUUCAACCGCUGCACGCCGGUGGACGUGUCGUGCUAUGCGCGCUUCGCGGAGGCCGUGGUGACGUUCGUGGGAGAUAACAGCGUGCUGCACCGGCUGAUCGCGGGCGUGGCCGCCAGUAAGGAGAUCAUCAUUGGGCUGUGUGUGCUGGCUCUGGUGCUGUCCAUGCUCCUGAUGGUGAUCAUCCGCUACAUCUCGGCGGUGCUGGUGUGGAUCCUCACCUCCCUGGUGGUGCUCGGCUCUCUGGCUGGGACCAGCGUGCUGUGGUGGCUCUACAUCGACCACCGGCUCUCCGCCAACCACACCUCCACCAGAGUCCUGAAGGAGGCCAAGGAAGAGGCGGGGCUCGGCAAGGACAAUGGGCAGGCGCUGCUCGUGUACGCCGCCGCCGCCACCGUCUUCACCGUGAUCCUGCUGCUGCUGAUGCUCUUCAUGAGGAAGAGGGUCUCUCUGACCAUCGCUCUCUUCCACGUCGCCGGCAAAGUCUUCAUCCACCUGCCGCUGCUCAGCCUGCAGCCCUUCAUCACUUUCAUCGCCCUCCUCAUCUUCUGGAUCUACUGGAUCCUGGUGCUGCUCUUCCUGGGGACCACUGGGAACCCAACACAGAAUGAGGAGACGGGUCUGACGGAGUUCAGGCUGACGGGUCCUCUCCAGUACCUGACCUGGUACCACGCAGUGGGCCUGGUGUGGAUCAGCGAGUUCAUCCUGGCCUGCCAGCAAAUGACGGUGGCCGGCGCCGUGGUCACGUACUACUUCACGAGGGACAAGAACCGGCUACCGGUGACCCCGAUCCUGUCCUCGGUCCUGAGGCUGGUCCGGUACCACCUGGGUACUGUUGCCAAGGGAUCCUUCAUCAUCACGCUGGUCAAGAUCCCCCGACUCAUUCUCAUGUACAUCCACAACCAGCUGAAAGGAAAGGAGAACGCCUGCGCUCGAUGUCUGCUCAAGACGUGCAUCUGCUGUCUGUGGUGUUUGGAGAAGUGCCUCAACUAUCUCAAUCAGAAUGCAUAUGCAGCCACAGCCAUCAACAGCACCAGUUUCUGCACGUCAGCGCGGGACGCCUUCGUCAUCCUGGUGGAAAACGCUCUGCGCGUCGCCACAAUCAACGCCGUGGGAGACUUCGUGCUCUUCCUGGGAAAGAUCCUGAUCGUCACGUCGACGGCGUUCGCCGGCGUCCUGCUGCUGAACUACCAGCGGGACUACGCCGAGUGGCUGCUGCCGCUCAUCAUCGUGUGUCUCUUCUCCUUCCUGGUGGCGCACUGCUUCCUGUCCGUCUUCGAGAUCGUGGUGGACGUCCUCUUCCUCUGCUUCGCCAUCGACACCAAGUACAACGACGGCACGCCGGGGAAGGAGUUCUUCAUGGACAAGGCUCUGAUGGAAUUCGUGGAGAGCAGCCGCCGGUUAGAGCGUGCAGUGGAGCGCGGGCGGAGCCGAGUAAAGGAGGUAACGUCGGAGGGGGCGGAGAUGAAGCCCAUGGCUCCUGGGACGAGUUCAGCCUGAUCUGGAGGAUCUGCUGGGACGUGUUGAUGUUGUUGAGACAUUCCAGAGGUUUUACUUUCAGGUGUAACAUGUUUACUGAGCUUCACUCCAGGAGAAGUUUUACUAAGAGCCUGCAGAGCUAACAAUGUAACCCAGCACUUUAUAUGGAUGCGCUGUUUCUAACCACCUGCGGACCACCUGCCCGGACUCAGCAGGGAGCGGGGCGUGGACCCAUUUGUCAGGGGUCAGACUGCAGCCACCACUGUGGGCGGAGCCGACGUGCGAUUGGCAGAAACCUCCACAGCAUCCGCCCACGCUCUCCACUCAGAGCCAGAGGAGAAGAAGGAGUAGGUGCGGCGUGUGGGCGGGGCUUCCUGUCAGC